AUGCCUACCUAUCUGUGUCAUGGUUUUCGUUGGGAUCGUCGAAGCAUUCGAGUCUUUGUCGUCGUCCAGAACAUCGAUGACGCCGCACCGGAAUGGAUCAUCGCACCCAAUUCCUCCCCUGCUAUCCUCGAGUCCUUCUACUCACUCUUUGACUUUCUUCCCGAGCCACCACCCGAAGACACCGAAGCCCAGCGAGAGAGGAAGAAGCGCAACAAAUCCAAACCUCCCAAGGCGGGCGUGCUCCGUACCGAAUAUGACGUACCGCCGUCGACCGUCCCACCCGAAGAGGAUGAUGUGUUACAAAACAGCUGGAGCGCCGUGAAGCUGCUCGAAGAAUACGACCCCACCGAUUUGAGCUAUGUCAGCAGACCCUAUGCAUACGUUGCCGAUCAUGUAGUGCGUAUCGACCUGAGCAACUCCAUAGCCGAAGAGAUCAUGCGGUACGAAGAGCGACUGGGUGAAACCAAGGCCAUGGCCAGUGCUCCGAGUGACGAGUAUUACAAAGCAAAAAAGGGCUCUGCGUCAGGGAAGAAGGCAGGUUGGUUUGAAAAGCUGAGAGACCAGCUGCAACGCGGUGAAGACAUUCGGUGGUACGUCGUGGUUUGCGGUGACGAAGUGCGAGACUUUCCCGACGAGAUGAAUGCUUCCAAGGAAGCCCAGACAAGGGAGGAUGCCUCACGGGAAGCGGAAAAUGAUAAUCCAAUGGGUCGCGACAAGGGCGCAGGCCCAUCAUCAAGAUCAGGGGCUUCCCCUCAAGAAUACGUCUCUAGCGUGCCAGCCAGUCAAUUCGCAUCGGCCAUGGCGCCCCAACAGUCACAAAUCUCACCGAGGGAGGCGGGUUUACCCUAUGGUACCCUUUUCCAACAUCCCAACAUGAACACAGACGCGCCAACGUUAUUGCAACCCAAACCGUCCAUGGACUUCAGACCCAAGACGCCCAAAGGCGGCGGCUUUAGGAGACUUUUUGGCAAAAAAGGUGACGAGCCAUGA